GUUUCUCAUAAAAACCGUAAAUAACAAUGCCAAUUUUUCAAUUUAUCAUCAUACGGAUCUAACUCGUCAAAAAGAUUAACAUGAUUUUUCAAACAUCGACCACGCCGUGAGUCACGGUGUCCUACUAACUCACCAAACUCCCUAAAUAUUUGGACCAGUACUAUAUCACACUGUUCAUUCCUCUUGAUCUCUGCAGCUCUGGCAAAAAUGCAGUUCCUUCAUGAAUCACCCAAGUCUCGUAAAUUUAAUGGCCUUAGAGGCUUGAUCUUAAUCUCAGCCUCGAUAUUUAUUACAUAUCUCGUUGUUUCAUCAGUCCUUGUCCCGAACUCAAACUCCAAGCCCCUGCAUUUCUCUGUUUCUUUGCAGGAUGUUUCUUCGCCAACCUCUCUUGAUCAUAUUGUUUUCGGAGUUGCAUCGAAUAACAUGUCGUGGCCGCGCCGCAGAGAUUACGUUCGUCUGUGGUGGAAGCGGAAGAAAAUGCGAGGAUGUGUGUUCAUUAAUUCCAAUGUAACUUUAUUAGAUCAAGGCAAUGAGGAUGAUUCCUUCCCUCCUAUGUGCAUUUCAGGGGACACUAGUCAUUUUAGGUACACGUACAGAGGAGGACUCCGGUCUGCUAUACGCGUGGCGCGGGUCGUGUCUGAGACUGUCGCCCUUAAUUAUACGAAUGUCAGGUGGUUUGUGUUUGGAGACGACGACACUGUGUUUUUUCCUGAGAAUUUGGUGAAAGUCCUGUCCAAGUAUGAUCAUAAUUUAUGGUACUAUAUUGGGAGUCAUUCGGAGAGCUAUACACAGAACAAGUUCUUCUCUUUCGAAAUGGCUUAUGGAGGAGGUGGAUUCGCGAUCAGCUAUCCCCUGGCAAAAGUAUUAGCCAACAAUUUUGAUUCGUGUAUGGACAGAUAUCCCUAUCUUUAUGGCAGCGACGGUAGGAUCUCUUCUUGUUUAGCCGAGCUCGGAGUAUCCUUAACAAAAGAGCCAGGUUUUCAUCAGCUGGAUAUGAGGGGAGAUAUAUUUGGAUUGUUAGCUGCACAUCCAUUAGCACCCUUAUUAUCACUCCAUCAUUUGGAUAUUUUGGAUCCAAUUUUUCCCAACAUGACAUCGAAAAAGGCACUGGGACAUCUAUAUGAAGCUGCAAAGUAUGAUCCUCACAGGAUCAUGCAGCAAACAGUGUGUUACGACAGAUGGUUUUCAUGGACAGUUUCGGUGUCUUGGGGCUAUGCAGUUCAAGUGUACGCGAGGCAUGUUCCUUUACCUUACAUGCUUCGUGCAGAGAAGACGUUCAAGCCUUUUAAGAAGGGAAAUCAUUUGAACUAUUAUUUUAACCUUGAUGUAAGAGAUUAUGAGGAGAAUCAGUGUCGAAGACCAGCUGUUUUCUUCAUGAAUCGGGUGUUUUCUGAAGGGAGUGAAAUACAGAGUGAGAACAUUGAUGGAAUACGGAGUAUUUACAGGAGACUGACACCUGAUAACUGCACUCGAGACCUUGGUUCGCCUCGCAAACUGGAAGAGAUUAGAGUGUUCUCCCAGAAACUUAAUCCCAGCCUUGCCCAGUUAAUUGCACCAAGAAGGCAAUGCUGCGAUGUAUUGCCUUCCACAGGCGGUGAACUGAUGGAAAUUGCCAUUAGAGAAUGCAGAGAAGAAGAAAUGACUUACCUGCAUUUAUAGCAACUCUUCCAUGGAAGUGCUACAUUACAAAGCUGCACUUACUUCAGCCGUAAAAUCAGUGUUCUGAAGCUUAGCACAUAAAGGGGGCAACUAUGAAAUGUAAAGGUUAGGAGAUUGAGGUAUUACUAUUGCUCGGACGCUGAUUGACUGGCGGUUAUGUUCAUUGAGCCACGAUGUAUACGAGGACAAUUUGAGUCUUGUGUUGAAGCCACCACAGGCAUAGACCAGUUGUCCAGUUACAAGUUAUUGGUUGAAAUACAGAUUAGAUAGUAAUAUAGUUUUCAAGAAAUAUAAUGAUAUACUGCAGUCAAACAAACAACAAAUAUUAUGGUAUUUGGUCUGGUAUUAGUUGUGUUA